UGUAGAGGAACGACCCUUAUCAUUCGUUACUCAGAGCAGCAGCCGCUGUGGAGCCAGGUGCCUGAGCUGGGGCUUUCUGCCUUGCUGACACUGGGGCUGGUGAAAUGCUGCAGCAGUGGGGAAAUUUUGGAAAAAGUAUGUCACCUCCGUCAGGAGACUUCACGGAGCAGGGCAUAAUCAGUAACCACAUGUAUCAGCUACCUUUUUGCUUCUUUGGAGAUGGUCUGGAGCACUUAAUAUCUGCAGGCUCUCUUCGUAAAAAGAAACUGGCAAAAAGACCUGGCUACAUGAGGCCAGAAGCUCAGCAACAGAUAGAGUUUCAGUCCCCUGGUGCCUGCAAGCCAUUCAAUGCGGAAGAGCUCAAACUUGGCAGAGAGCAUUGUGAAGACUUUGAAAACUGCUCUCUAUGCAGACAACACAAAAAUAACUUUGAAUUCUCAUGCUGUAGUUCAAUUGCAAAUCGUACUGCAGUUCCUACUGAUGUGGCAACAACAUUGGCCGCUACUGGAAACAUGCCAGGAAACUGCAGAAAUCUUUCAGGUUACAGCAGUCUGCAGUCAGAAAACAUAAUUACACCGGUUUACCCUGCCACAGCCACAAGCAAAGGAAACGUUUCUUCUGUACGCUGUUCGAAUGUGUGGCAGACAACCCAUAGCGCUAAAGUAAUUGAGCCCCAAAAGAUGUGUGCUUUGGGUCAGACAGAAGUGAACAACAACUGUGAAUAUCAAAGAAAAGAAGUUGCUUCUCAUUCCGUUGGUCCACACGAUAACUUUAGUUCAAGUUUCAGCUUCAUACAGCUCUCCCUGAACUCAGCCUCUGGAGUAAGUGAUGCUGAAGGCAAGUCAACUGCCAAGGAAAAUGAGCGUGUUCUGCAUCCCAGCACCGCGGGAAAGCCGCAGAAACUGGAAGAAACGGAAAUAAUUCAUGAGCACUCAGGAGCUUUGUAUUGCUUCUCUAGGCCCGCUGAGGAUUUGAAGUAUGAAAAUGAAACCACGGUGAUUGAUAAACUACAGGAUUGCGAGACUGUCUCUCUCUCAGAUACAGAUGCAACGUUUUCAUGUUCUACCGAUUCCUCAGAUGCAGCAUCUGCUGGUUCUUCUGUCACCUCAGGCUAUGAGAGUAGCUUUACUGUUAGUGACCAUAACUGGCAUACUUUGAUGAAAAAAUAUGAACCAGUACUACUGGACUGCCUGCUUGCCAACCGCAGUACAUUAAAGAUAAAAUCCUUGAUCUUACGGCUUCAAAGGCUUCAGGAAAAAGCAAUAGAGGAAGAUGAUUAUGAUAGAGCUGAUAAAUUUAGACGAAAACUGGAAGAGCUGGAGAAAGAGAAAAAUUCUUUAAAAUUUCAACUUCCUUCAAGACAUCCUUCAAUUAGCAGUUUUUUGGACAGAUUUGUUACCCAAGUUCAAGCAGCAUUGCACUGGGCCACAGAUCGGGUUAAAAAUGAAGAAACCCAGCUCUGGCAAGAAAAUGAACUUAAACUUUUGAGAUCUACCUACCAGGAGAGGAUUCAGGUUUCGGCCACAAAACGAAACCAGCUUUUUCAAGAAAAGAAAUGGUUACAGAACGAAAUCGAAGACCUCCGAGCAAGGCUGGCCACAUUAGAAGCAAAAGAUCAACAGUUAAGAAGAGAAAUUGAAGAGCAAGACAGGCUUAUUCAGGCACAUGACUGUGAACUGACUGCUUUGGUUGACUGUGUUUCUUUGAGAGAGCUACAGGAAAUAAGCAAGGCUGUGGAUGACACUUUAGCAUCGUCCUAUCAAAUCCCGUUCAGUUUGGAUCUUCCGGGGACAAUAAAGAGCCUUCAGGAAAGAGAACAAUCGUUCAGCGUGUCCAUUAAAGAAACUACUGCCAAAGUUUGCACAAGCCAGAAGCUCUGCAGUACUUUGAGGAGGAAAGUGAGCGAUAUUGAGACUCAACUACCAGCUCUACUUGAAGCCAAAAUGCUGGCUGUAUCAGGAAGUAAUUUUGGGACUGCUAAGGAUCUGACAGAAGAAAUAAGAUCAUUAAUGUCUGAGAAGGAGGGGCUGGAAGGACUUCUCAAUGAGCUGUUGGUGUUGAGUGCCAGAAAUGUCCGAAAAUUAGAGAGAAUUAAAGAUGAUUACAACAGACUGAAACAAGAACUUGAGCAGGGAGAGACCGCCUUUGUGACCAGUGUAAAAGAAAACGCUGUAAAAUACAUGGAGAUGCUGGAGGAUAAACUGCAUAGCUGUGGGAGCCAGCUGCUCCAGAGAGUGUGGGAAGCUGACUUGGAGGCCUGUCAGCUGUUGAUCCGAGGGUUUCAACUGAAAGAAACCAGUUGCUGUGUUUUUGAGGAAGAGGAGAACCAAAUGGAUGAGAUGGAGAUGGCUGCUGAUGGCCCUUCUGACUCUGAAAAAAGAAAAGAAAGUCAUUUUCCAAAGAGCGCAGAGUGGGGCACUGUUCCAUGCCCCAAGCACAGCGAACAAAAAGAGGUUUUGGAAGAUAUUUCAUUUGGAGCAGAGGGUCAUUUAUCUGAGGAGUUCUUCAUAUUUUCUGCAGAGCUGGGAGAAAAAUGUGAAGCAAUAAGUGAGAAAUUGGUGCGUCUGGAAGAUCAACUGCAAACUUCAGUCUGCAAAGUUGAUGAAGGAGUUAUUCAGUCUCUGCAAAGGGAGAUCCAGGUGGUGAAGGAGACACUCCAGACCGUGCUGGUGCAACUUCAGCCAGGCAGGGAGGCGGGAGAAGAAAAGGCUGGAACUUCCUCUGUGACAGCUGGUGUCCAGGAAAACAAGACUUGAAGGAAUAAUGAGCAGAAAGAGCUGGUAGGAUGACAUUAAUUCACAAAGGUCUGCUUUUAGUAACCGAAUACUAUUUUACCAAACCUCAGGGAUCUCUUCUCUCCCUGCAUAACUAAUAACUAAAUCAAUUAUGGAGAAACAGAGCCUGGGGGUCUAUCAUCAGAAGUAUGCUACAUGGCCUCACAUGUUUUGGCACAGAUUGAGAAACAGCUUUCAGAGCAGAGCAACUCCUGUAAAUGUGCAGAUUACAAAUUGAUACACUUCAAGCGAGUCUGCAAAGUUGCCUUUAACGUCAGUGAAAUGUUCUCCUAGAACACUCAAACAAUAUUGGUCUUCCUUACUCAUGGAUUUUUUCUCCCCAGUUUAAAAAUGUAAUAUUAAAGCUGGUACAUCUAGUAUUUCUUGAAAAAGCUGUAAGAAUAAGUACUUUUUUCCCUUUGGCUUUAACAGCUUUCUUAUACUCAACAUAUUUUCACAUCCCUGCCAAUAAUUAAAUCAAUGGGAUGAAAUUCAAGCUAACCAAGUUCUCUUAACAGAAAUUUGGACCUCCUUUACUCAAUGGUAUUGAGUAGAGUAGAGGUAACUAACAGCAGCCCCUUUCACUGGUAGUUUGUUUUCAUUUAGGUAUUAAUAUAAACUUGCUUUCAUAGUACAGGGGUUGUUAAGCACACAAAAAUUAAAAUAAUGUUGGUGAUUUGUGCUCCCUAUAUUUAAGGACUGUAUGAAUAAUGCCAUUUAAAUCUCUUUGUAAAGUUUAUUAAUACUGUUAUAUUACUUUGAUUUUCUUUGUAAAAGUCAGAAGGAAUAGACACGUAUGUAUACAUAUGCAUACUUAAGUAUGUAUUUUUAUUAUAGGAGAUAAAAUGUUCAACUGAAACCAACUACUAUAAAUAACCUGUAUUUAGAUCAGUGUUCAAAACAGUUAAUGAGUUUAAAAAUUCAUAGGCUACUCUUACUUGGAUACUAGAAUAUAUCUGAUAUCACACAGAAUUCUGCUUCUGCUGUUUGUUGCAGAGGAGAAUUGAAAAAAUAUAUCUCUGGUUAAUUACCUGUUCUAAGCCAGUAGAUGAAGCAAAUCACUUUAGUGAUAUACUUUUUAGUACUACUUUUGUCUGACAUUUUUAGAAUGACUGUUUCUGCUAAUUCAAGUACUCAUUUCACAGCCACAUUGUGAAGGUUUUUACAAAUUUUGAAGCUCAUUGGACUACUCGUCCUGUAAGACUGUGUUUGUUUUCUUUGUGUGUUUUAAUAGUAGUUGAAACUUCUACCUCAAUGUUAAGUAUAUAGGGAGAAAAUAAGUGCCAGGCAGCUGAGACAGACAUACAACAGGAAUAUAAUUGCAUCCAGGAGUAUACGGUUGUCAAACAAGGGGAGCAGAGUUCAAGUGGUUUCUGUAGUCAUCAGAUCCUCUGGAUGGAAUUACAACCCUAUAAUUCAGAACAUGGGUGACUUUUAUCUUUGUAUAAUAUAGGGAUCAGCAUCCAUGUUGUUGUUAAGAGUGUUGGAUCGUUACCUUGCAUGGACUGCAGUACUCUGUUGACAUCACCUCUCACAGAUGGAGGUCUCUUUGCUGCUCUGCAUCCUCUUUGUUUAACAAGUCUCCUUCUCCGGGCUUUGCUGGUUAGUCCCUGUUUGCUACCUACCUCCCCGCUGCUGAGGUGGCACUUUCUGAAAUUCCCCCAGAGAGAUGAGCAAAGUGUUAGUCAUAGGCUCCAGCGAGCCCAACCAAGCACAGGUGGCAGCCUGCUAGUUUUCUGCGAAAGGCUGAAAUCCAACCCCAUACACAGGACCAGCUCCAGCCUGGGAAACCCUGGUGGGCUCAUGUAAUGUGACUGCUUGGGGAUGACUGUCAACCCCAGAGUGCUCACAGAAACUGGCAUGAGUUCAGGUAAACAAAAAGAAAACACACUGACAAAAUAGAUCUCUCUUACAGCUGUUUCCUGAAGACCAGUAGAAGCUGCUCAUGGUUAAUGGGUUAACAUCAUAGAGAGUCCAAAUACUACAUUUCCCGCAAUGAGCAUUUACAGGACUACAGGCCCACUGCAGGGACAUCCCAGAGAGGUGAACAGUGCACUGAGAUUGCACUCACAUGCUGAGGAGCGUGCAGAGUUUUGUCCUUUGACUAUCUAGUGCCUUUAACAUAAAUAGUUGGAGGGCUGUAAAUGUCAGAGGCAGGGUCUGCCACAGCUGAAUUGUGAAGUCUUCCUCCUUGCAGCUCCUAGGACUCAACAAUCGGGAUAGUAACCCUCAUAAGGACAGAUAAAUAGCACCCUCAUUCUCACUAGCAAGAAUUUUUGAAGACGUUCUAAUUCAAUUAAAAAACAAAAAACAAAAAACCUUGUGUGGCUUUCAUGUUUCCCAGCUUCAGAAUGCCGAUGCAUUUUAAUAAAACAUAUGCAACCACUUUAAUAAGACACUGAACUCCUCAAGAGGAGGGAGACUGAAUCUGUCCUCGUUUAUGUCAUAUCUGUAUCUAUUAACACUUAUUUUAUACAUACUGUGGACUACUACUGCUUUAAUUUAUUAUUGCAUUAACUUUACUGUUUGCUGUGGGAAGUUAGAGCCAGUAAUCAUUCCUUUUCUCAAAUAUGCUGAAUAAUAAGCAUACUUUAAAAAAUAGAGAGUAUACUACACAACACAUCAGGUGGGUUUUUUUUUUAA